AAAAAAAAAUAAAAUUGGAAAAGCUGGGAUUUGGGAAGGUCUGAAAUAGUUUUAGGGGUGAAGAAAAGGCUCUCCCAAUCAUGUAUUUGAGUAAGCCGCGGUAAUCAUGACCAGUUUUACUCAACACCUAUAAGAACACAAAGCUUCUCACUUUUUCUCUCACAGAAUAAGAAAAGAAAAAAAAAACCCCACGCCAAAUUUCUCUGCAUUUUUUGUUUUUUUGCUGCCAUUUUGCCCCACUGAAGUAGACAUGGUUGCAACCUUAUGGCUGGAGCUUUCACCCACCAAGAACAAAUAGACUCCACCCAACAACAGCAUUACCAGUUCAAGCUUUGUUUCCCUGUACCAAAGCUAAAUGCUAAAAGCUUUUGGGUUUCAAAAUCUGUUAGAAGCUUAUGCUACAAAGCUAUAGAGCCAAAUGGAUGUUGCUCACAGAGGUUAGAGCAUAGUGGUACUGGUAUGAUAGUUAACAACUCUGUUUUUUGUGCUUCAGCUGGUCUUUUUGAAGAAAAGAAACCUGAAAUGGAGGGUUUGGUUGACGAAAACGAAAGCUUUGAAAAGAGAAAUGGGAGCUUUGGUGAAAAAGGGAUUCAAACGGGGACAUUUGCUGAGUUGCUUGAAGUGAAGGUUCCUGAAAGUAGUUCAAGUUCUGAUUUUAUGACUUCAGAAACAACAGGGCACGAGGAGGAACACAGUCAUAGUAGUUCUGAGGAGGAUUCAGUUUCACCACCUUCAUUGGGUUGGCCUUUAGCGGAAAAUGCUGAGACAGACUGCACCAGUACUACUUGUAGUGAAGUUGGAAAGAAACCCCCCUUGGAUGACAGGAAAUUAGAGAAACAAGGCUCCACAGUUUCAGAGGUUGAGUUGAUGAAGGAAAGAUUUGCAAAAUUGCUUCUUGGAGAAGAUAUGUCAGGGUGUGGAAAUGGUGUUUGCACUGCCUUGGCUAUUUCAAAUGCCAUCACCAAUCUUUGUGCCACCUUAUUUGGGCAAAUAUGGAGGCUAGAGCCACUGCCACCUGAGAAGACAGCAAUGUGGCGGAGAGAGAUGGAAUGGCUUCUUUCUGUUAGUGAUCAAAUUGUUGAGUUGAUACCCUCUUGGCAGACAUUCCCCGAUGGAAGCAAGCUUGAGGUAAUGACCAGCAGGCCCCGAUCGGAUCUUUACAUUAAUCUCCCAGCUUUAAGAAAGUUGGACAACAUGCUUCUUGAAAUAUUAGAUAGUUUUGUUGAUACAGACUUCUGGUAUGUUGACCAAGGGAUUCUAGCCCCAGAGGCUGAUGGAUCAACCCCUUUUCGUAAAGCCCUUCAGCGCCAAGAGGAAAAAUGGUGGCUGCCUGUGCCUCGAGUGCCUCCAGGAGGCCUCCAUGAAAAUUCAAGAAAGCAGUUGCAACAUAAACGUGACUGCACAAACCAGAUCCUCAAAGCUGCCAUGGCUAUCAACGGUAUUACUCUAGCUGACAUGGAAGUCCCUGAAUCAUAUUUGGAAUCUCUUCCAAAGAAUGGCCGAGUCAGUUUAGGAGAUAUCAUUUAUCGCUACAUUUCAUCGGAUCUGUUUACACCUGAAUGUCUUCUUGAUUGCCUUGAUUUGUCCUCUGAGCAUCAAGCUAUAGAGAUUGCCAACCGAGUGGAGGCCUCAAUAUAUUUGUGGCGCAAAAAGACCAACUCCAAACCUGUCAACAACACAACCCGGUCCAAUUCAAAGUCGUCAUGGGAAUUGGUCAAGGACCUGAUGGCUGAUGUUGACAAGAGAGAAAUACUUGCAGAUAGAGCAGAGAGCCUCCUGCUUUGCUUGAAGCAGCGGUUCCCUGGUCUUCCCCAGACCACUUUAGAUAUGACCAAAAUUCAGUACAACAAGGAUGUUGGGAAAUCCAUUCUGGAAAGCUACUCAAGAGUUUUGGAGAGCUUGGCCUUUAACAUUGUUGCACGUAUUGAUGAUCUGCUCUAUGUGGAUGAUUUGACCAAGCAUUCUGAUCAAUUCUCUUCACUAUCCAGAGUUGGUGUAAUUGGUCAGAAGAGUCUUUCAAUUCCAUACUCAGUGCCCGUUUCAAGCACUCCUUAUCUAACAGCAUUUACCACCCCAAACUUUUCACCAGCACAGCUAGUUAGCCCUGCUAAGGGAGAAAGAUCACCGCUUCUGACAAGCAGCCAAAUUCCACAGCGUGGGAUGGGUGUGAAAAAGGUCUUGACAGAUUAUCUUAGUAUUGAUUUAAGAGGGAAGGAAUAUAGUAAACCAAAUGAAGGAACAGUAUCAGUAUCCCAAGAAACAUCAGCAUCUUUUGAAUGUCUAAAAGAGGAAGUAAGCCUACCAAAACAGGAGUCAGCUCCAGAUAAAGAGCCCUGAGGUUGUACACCAUGAACCAAUUUCCCAAGACAGCAGUCACCUGGCCCUUUUUUUUUUCUUUUUUCUUUUUUAUUUGUAGAAAUAGGAAGAUGUUUGAGGAUGUUGAACAGUCACCCUGUUAUUUAAAUUGUGUCGUCGGUAGAUGUCUAUAAACGAUAAUGAGUUGAGUGGUUCAUGCUUCUCAGGGCAUCAUUUAUUGCCUUAAACUUGUUCCUGGCAGAACAUUUUGUGGAUUAAACGUAGAAUAGAAAUGCCAAACUACCUGUUACUUGUCUAUAUAAACUUCAAAAGAAACUUGAAAGGUUGAUGUUCAGACCUCAGUGUCUGUAAUGACAUCCAGAAGUUUCGCUAUAUCUAGUUAUCUACUUCGGAUGACUAUACUUUUGUUCAAAAGGUCAUUCUUCUUGUUUGUUAGAUUGAUUGCGGACUUGGGGGUUUGUGUUGCAGAUUAUCCAUUUCUGGUUCUGGUUUCUUAAAUCAAAGCGCUGCAAAAUUGUCUGAUCUUCUAGUGCCACCUACAUUACCAUUAGUGGGCCGGAGAUAGAAUUACAUUUUAUGCUCAAGUUACAGUAUAAAUACCCCAUCAGAAGAGGGGGUGCUGCAUUCAGGAUCGGGGUCAGCGGAGGGUUCUGGCAUUUUGAGAUAGAGAA